GGAACGUACAACGGACAAACUUGGCCCCUUUGUCUAAGGAGGAUACAAUGUUGUGAUGAAACACAGCAGCAGCGUCCAAAGUACUUUUACCCUGUUUGUAAGCAAACUGCUUUGGAUCGUUUGAGAAGCUUAGGGAGGGAACAAGUUUUAGUAACAAUAGUUUCUCCAUUAGUUUCAAAAAAGGAGAGGUUAUAGCGAUAGGUCUGAACUUAGCAUUAUUACCAGAGCCUGACUUAGGUACAGGGAUGAUUUUAAUAUCUUUCCACAGAGAAGGUACAACAUUAUUAGAAAAAGAAGUAUUAAAAAUGUUUGUAAGUGGGUUGCUUAAAAUAUCAGCACAUUUCCUUAGGACAAUGGCAGGUAUACCAUCAGGACCUAGACUCUGGGAAGGUUUAAGAGAUUUUAAACAUUUAAGAACAUCAGAAGUUUUAAAACUAUUAAAGUCACUGGUCAUGUUAUUUGUUACAUUGAAGCUAGAAGGUACAUUGGGAAGGCGGAUAAAAGAUCUAUUAAGAGUAUUUACAUCAAUAGAGGGAGAACAAGAACUAUGCUUACCACAACCUGUAAUUUCUUUGAAAAGCUUCCACAUGUUCCCAGGAGUUUUACAUGACAAAAUUCUUUGAUUAUAAAUAUUGUUUAACCUCUUGAUUUCGGAUUUAAUUUGGAUGUUUAUUCUCCUAAGACCAGCUUUAUCCUUAGCCUUGUACAGUCUCUCUUUUUCUCUUCGAAGCUUUUUGAGAUGAGGAGAAGAGAAACGA